AUGGUGCUGCAGUUCACUACGCCUCUGCAGCAGCAGCGCUUUUUGGGCGAGGAGAUCGCCCUUCUCGAUACGCCACGCUUCAAGUUCCUCAGCGAAUUUUUCCUCCUCCGCUUCCUGCUCCUCCUUCGCCUUUUUAACCUGUUCGGCGUUUACGUCGUGGGCGCUCAGUUUUUUUCUACGCGCCUCCUCCCGCAGGCGUUCGGCCUCGUCAAUGCUCUCGACGAACUGUCUUUUGGCGGCGCGGAGGUCGUUGUCGGCGGACACCUCCUCUUCCACAAACACCUCAACGUCACGCUGGGUGCCACGAAGGGCCCCUUCCAACCCACGCAUGUACCGCUUAUGGUGCUUCAUGUCCUCAACGUUGUUAAUAAGCGCCAUCCACGAACCCACCUCACUAAGGAAGGGGCGUACGGGCGGCUGCAAAACCGGCGGCGGCGUUAG